AUGGAACCUACAUGCAGUCAGUGUUACAACAUAACAAAAAUAACUGCAUUCACUCUAAGACCACCGGACUUUGAAUUGAUUAACAGAACGAAUGACUUUCUCAACUAUUCCAAAGAAGACUCGUUUAGUGAAUUUAUAUAUGACAUCGAUAGGACAUUAAAUGAGACAUUUUCAAAUUUGACUUUAAAUGAGUGCAGUGAAGUGCAGUAUAAUCCAUGGGCUCUAUCACUAAUAGUGUUUCCUUUAUUGACGUUAUUUGGGAAUGUGUUAGUUAUAUUGAGUGUAGCAAGAGAGAGGAGUUUACAAACAGCAACGAAUUACUUCAUAGUUAGUUUAGCGGUCGCGGACCUAUUAGUGGCCGUUGUCGUUAUGCCUUUUGGAGUUUAUUAUCUGUUUAAUGGUGUGUGGGGUUUGCCAGCUGUGGUGUGUGACUGCUACAUAGCCAUGGAUGUCACUUGUUCCACUUCCAGCAUCUUCAACCUUGUCGCCAUAUCUGUUGAUAGAUACAUCGCAGUAACUCAGCCAAUCAAAUACGCAAAGCACAAAAGCAACGCUCGUGUCUGGGUUAUGAUAGCAGUGGCGUGGACUGUCUCCGGGGCUAUAGGCUCCCCAAUAGUGUUGGGUCUCAACAACACUCCCGACAGAAGCCCUGAUCAAUGUCUAUUUAAUAACACGGACUAUGUCAUAUAUUCGUCAUUGGGAUCAUUUUAUAUCCCUUGUAUCAUCAUGAUGUUUCUCUACUUCAGGAUAUUCACGGCGAUUAGACAACGUGCGAAAAAGCAGCGUGUUGCCAAGAAGACUUCAUCAGCAGUCAGCUCCGCCGUAUCCAGUGGUACAGCUGCAGUUGUCAUUGAGAAUGUUGUACACGCACAUCGGUUUAUAGUUCCCGAGGACAGACCGACUAAUACAGCAUCUGGAAGCAAUGAUGACGACGAUGACAAAUCAGAAAUGGGUGCGUUUGAAGAUUUGGCUACCACCAGAUCAGCCAGAUUUAUGCUUGCGGCAGUUGUCGAAGAAACUGGGUUAAUAAUGGCCAAUCUCGCUUCACCAAUUCCAAUGAUGGACCCAAAUACUAACAAUGACUCCGGCUACGUGCCAUCUAAUAUGGAGGCGGAUAAAGAUCACUCCCCGCCGCCCUCGCCGAAAGUGGAAAAAAAGAAAGAAAAUAGUAUACCGAGAAAACCAGAACUCAAGAAGAAGUUGAGUCGUCUCAGCAACAGUUCCCUGAUCUCAACGCCUCGUCGUCGUUUUCGAAGCGCCGCCUCAGCCGCAAGAUUUACAAUAUUUAGAGCGAAUCGAGCUGGAAAACUAAGGGCCAAGUCUUUCGCUAAGAAAGAAAAAAAGGCAACUCAGACACUAGCCAUAGUUCUAGGUGUGUUUCUCUUCUGUUGGGUGCCGUUUUUUACGUGCUCUAUGCUGGAUGCAAUCUGCACCAAGUUUGGAUUCAAUUUCUCUCCCGGAGUGACCGUAUUUAUCCUCACAACGUGGCUCGGUUACAUAAAUUCUUUUCUCAACCCACUUAUCUACACAAUAUUUAACCCUGAAUUCAGGAAAGCGUUUCGAAAAAUUUUGCAUUGUUUGUAG